ACCUCUGUUCGACGAGAAUUUUCCGCAUGAAUUGUACCAUGAAGGUUUAUUCUUACCAGCAUCUGACAAUUUGACCAUCUGUCUCCGUAUCAGUGUUUGGAAUUUGCACUUUAAAGAAUGCCAAAAGACAACAAGUCACCCUGCUCUCUGCCUUCCUCUGAGCUCCUACUCACCCCCCUGCCCUAGUACUCACUCCCAGGACAAGACUCUGUAUAGGAGACGUGGCCGUGAAGGAGGACCCUGCGUGGGGUGAAAGCAGUGCAGGCGAACCUGCCUUGACCAGCAGACUGAUGCAAACCAUGAGCUCUAGCUAGCACUACAGAUGCUGACCAUGGCGCCUCGGAAGCGGAACCGUCAUGUUUUGGGAUUCCUUUGCUGCUUCCGGAGUAGCGAGCAUCCAGAGAUCACCUUCAAGGACAGCAGCGUGCCUCUGCAGCUGCUGGAGUUCUCCCUGCCCAUGCCACCCACCGACGAACUCAACGCCAGGUUUGCAGAGCUUGUGGAUGAAUUGGAUCUCACUGACAAGAAUCGAGAUGCUAUGUUUGCUUUGCCAACGGAGAAGAAAUGGCAGAUUUACUGCAGCAAGAAGAAGGAACAGGACGACCCUAACAAACAGGCUACCAGCUGGCCCGAUUACUACAUUGACCGUAUCAACUCCAUGGCUGCAAUGCAGACAGUUUUCAUAUUUGACGAAGAGGAGAUGGAAAUGAGGAACACAAUUGUCGAGGGCCUUAAGACAGCCUUGAGGACACAGCCAAUGAGGUUCGUGAUGAGAUUCAUCGAACUGGAUGGGCUUACGUGCCUGUUAAACUUCCUGCGGAGCAUGGACUACGACACGUCAGAGAGCCGCAUUCACACAUCCGUUAUAGGGUGCAUCAAGGCUCUAAUGAACAACUCCCAGGGUCGGGCCCAUGUGCUGGCUCACCCAGAGAGCAUCAACAUAAUCUCCCACAGUCUCAGGACAGAAAACAUCAAGACCAAGAUAGCAGUGCUGGAGAUUCUGGGAGCGGUUUGCCUGGUACCAGGAGGACACAAGAAAGUACUGCAAGCAAUGUUGCACUACCAGAUUUAUGCUGCAGAGAGGACUCGCUUUCAGACAUUACUAAACGAGUUGGACAGAAGCACUGGAAGGUACAGAGAUGAGGUGCACCUCAAAACUGCAAUCAUGUCCUUCAUCAAUGCUGUGCUGAAUGCUGGUGCGGGGGAGGACAACCUGGAGUUUCGGCUACAUCUGCGAUAUGAAUUCCUCAUGUUGGGAAUUCAGCCAGUGAUUGACAAGCUGCGAAGCCAUGACAAUGCAACACUAGACAGGCACUUAGACUUUUUUGAGAUGGUGCGAAAUGAGGAUGAGAGCGAACUCGCAAAGCGACUGGACAUGGUGCACAUUGACACCAGGAGCACCAGUCAGAUGUUUGAUGUGAUUCGAAAGAAGCUGAGUCACACAGAUGCCUACCCUCAUUUGGUUUCUGUACUUCAGCAUUGUCUUCAAAUGCCCUGGAAGAGGAACGGAACCAAUUGCCAGCACUGGCAGCUCCUCGACAGGAUACUACAACAGAUAGUGCUGCAGGACGAGAAGGGGGAAGAUCCUGAUGUAGCACCGCUGGAGAACUUCAAUGUGAAGAACAUCAUUCGGAUGUUGGUGAACGAGAAUGAAGUGAAACAGUGGAAAGAUCAAGCGGAGAAGUUCAGGAAAGAUCACAUAGAACUAUUAGCCAGAUUGGAAAAGAAGGAGAGGGAGUGUGAGACCAAAACCCAGGAGAAGGACGAAAUGAUGAAGACCCUCAAUAAGAUGAAAGACAAGCUACAGAAAGAGUCAAUGGAGUUGCGACAGGCGAGGGAUCAAGUGAUGGAACUCAGUGCACGUCUGAAUGACCUUGCUGACUCGAAUGGAGUUUGCCUUUCCUUUCCUCUUCCCCCUCCACCGCCAGGGGGGCCCUUCCCCCCGCCCCCUCCCCCAAUGCUGGGCGAGCUGCCGCCGCCGCCGCCCCCUCUGCUCCUUUAUGAUUUCCCGCCACCGCCUCCCCCUCCGCUGCCUCCCGGAGGGCCACCUCCCCCGCCCGGUGCCCCUCCCUUCUUUAACUGUGGCAUGCCACCCCCGCCUUGCUCCCUCACCAUUGGAAGCAUGAGGAAGAAGGCCAUUCCACAGCCGUCUCACCCACUGAAGUCCUUCAACUGGCACAAGCUGGCAGAGAACAGAAUCGGGGGCUCAGUGUGGGCUGAGAUCGAUGACCUCCGAGCCUUCAGCAUCUUGGACCUGGAAGAUUUUGAGAAGAUGUUCUCAGCUUACCAGAGGCAGCAGGACCUGCUCACUAAAACUAACCUGCCUAAACAGAAAGAGCUUGGCUCAAACGAGGACCUCUGCCUCACCAUGAGGAAGGUGAAGGAGCUGUCAGUGAUUGAUGGACGGAGGGCGCAGAACUGUGUCAUCCUGUUGUCGAAGUUGAAGCUGUCCAAUGAGGAAAUCAAGAGAGCAAUCUUGCAAAUGGACGAACAGGAGGACUUGCCCAAGGACAUGCUGGAACAACUCCUCAAGUUCAUCCCUGAGAAGAGCGAUAUUGACCUGCUGGAGGAACAUCGACACGAGAUCGAGCGCAUGGCAAGGGCUGACCGCUUCCUCUACGAGAUGAGCAGAAUUGACCAUUACCAGCAGCGCCUGCAGGCUUUAUUCUUCAAGAAGAAGUUCGCGGAACGACUCGCAGAGGCAAAGCCAAAGAUCGAAGGAAUUCUUCUGGCUUCCAAAGAGCUGUGUCAAAGCAAGAGGCUGAAGCAGCUGCUGGAGGUGGUGCUUGCCUUCGGGAACUACAUGAACAAGGGCCAGAGGGGAAACGCUUUCGGCUUCAGGAUUUCCAGCCUCAACAAGAUCGGAGACACCAAGUCAAGCAUUGACAGGAGCAUCACACUGUUACAUUAUCUGAUCAUGAUAUUUGAAAAGAGCUACCCAGAGAUCCUCAACAUCCAUUUAGAUUUACUCCAUGUACCAGAGGCAGCCAAAGUCAAUCUGGCAGAACUGGACAAAGAGAUAAACAAUCUAAAGAAUGGAUUGAAGGCUUUGGAAUCUGAGCUGGACUACCAGAAAAGCCGCAUACGGAGCCCUGAGGACAAGUUUAUUCCAGUCAUGAGCGACUUCAUUACUGUUGCCAGCUUCAGCUUUUCUGAGAUGGAGGACCUUUUGGCUGAGGCGAAAGACAAGUACUCCAAGAUGCUGAAACACUUCAGCGAGGAAGAUGGAAAGGUGCAGCCAGACGAAUUCUUUGGCAUUUUUGACACAUUCCUGCAAUCGUUUGCUGAGGCUAAACAGGACCUGGAGAACAUGAGGCGGAAGAAGGAGGAAGAGGAGCGCAGGGCUCGCAUGGAAGCCAUGCUGAAGGAGCAGCGGGAGAAGGAGCGCCGGCUGAAGAAGUCACGGGAAGGCAGUGUGUCGGAGGAGGUGGGCGAGUUCGACGACCUGGUGCUGGCCCUGCGCUCGGGCGAGGUCUUUGACAAGGACCUGUCGAAGCUGAAGCGGAACCGCAAGCGCUCAGGCAGCCAAAUGCUGGAGAGCAGCCGGGAACGGGCAGUCAGCAAGCUGAAUUACUGAGCAGUGGGGGACUGCUGUUGGUGCUCGAGAGGGAUUCCCUGGACCAGGAGGGAGCUUCUCCCCCUUUCGCCUCUCCAAAACCCCCAGCAACCCAGAUUUAUACACACACACAACAUACAGCCCUACUUGUGUCCUUCCUCCCCACCCUCUUUGCCCCUCCCAUUCCACUGGAGAUAGAAGAAUUGACAGCAGGCUUAAGGUAUCACCGCCUCCCCCUGCAUGCGCCUCUCUCGCCAACGGCGGGAGCCCGGAUUCUGGGAACGAUGGACGGAGCAGCACUGGAAUCUAGAGGAACACUAAGAUGGUGUUGUUAUUGAUUUUGACAUCACUUUGUCUGCCAAAGUAUUGAUUCAUGUCAGUGCUGGUACCGAAAGACCUGCCCUCUGGUACUCAACAGCCCCUUGUACUUUUGGAGGGGGAUGGGGAGGCACCGUAGCGAAGUCUAACCUUUUUCACAAUGUGCAUCACUUUAGGGGUCUUGACGUAUUUAAUUCAUUGGAUGUGGAGGUGCGGAGGGACAAGCAGAAUUGCUCGGCUGGAGUUAAUCGGCCAUCUGCACAGACAGAACUAUAGAACUGCAGAUGCUGGAAAUCUGAAAUAAAACUGGGAAGCCUCAGCAGGUCAGGCAGCACCCAUGGAAAAAGAGACCUAAGAGGCUGUGGAUGCUGGAAUCUGGAGGGAAAAUCAAGAGGCUAAAAGAACUCAGCAUAUCAGGCAGCGUCUAUGGAAGGACAACUACUGUUCCUUUCCCCCCAUAGAUGCAGACUGACCUGCUGAGUUCCUCCGACUUCUUGAUUAUCGAUCUGCAAAAAAAGACUAUCAACUAACAAAGGGCUGCAGACCCAAAACAAUGGCUGUUCCUCUUUCCGUAGAUGCUGCCUGGCCUGUUGAACUUUUCCACCACUUUCUGUUUAUUUUAUUGCGCAGCGGGCUGUCUGUUUACAUCUCUGUCAGUAGGGGUGAGUUGAGCAUCACGGCCAGUGGUGCUAAAGCAAGACGGGAUAACAGCCUUGGCUGCCUGGCCUAAAUCUAUCACCAUCACCAAGGUGGUAAGGUCCAGCCGCCCACAGAGUUUGCUAAAGAAGAAAAUAAAUACAUGAGGCCUCCUGGGUGACUAUCCAGAGCAGGAUUCAAGAAAGAACUGUCUGCAUCUCAGGCAGCAGAUUCCCAGUGCUUUGGAGGUCCGUGAAAACAUAUAAUGCAAAAAAAAAACAGUAUUAAAUACAGCCAGUGGGUUUAAUCCACCGGUAUACACACAUUACCACAAAUAGAUAGCCACAGUUACUGGGCCUAUAUUGUGCAAUAAUUUUUUAAGCUUUAUAUGUACAUAUAUAUAUAUAUGAUGUCAAAGUUUAACUUUGUAAGGAGAAAGCUAGUUCUUUUGAAGUGUAGACUUGUCGCAUGAAGUGCGACUAAAAUGUGCAUGUUCAGGUCUUUUAGGUUUUUGUUUCAUCGCCUUGACUCCCCUCCACCCUCCUGCUUUCCUCCCACCAACUCCAUCGCCACCACGUUCGUGUUCUUCAAGCCAGGGAGAAGGCACUUGUGUCAUUGGAAAGGGGCCAGAGACUCACGUUCCCCUCUGUAGCACAAAUCUCAGAGAGAGAGGAAAAGCUAUGAAAUGGCAAGUGGCCUGCCACAUUUGGCCAGUGUAGUGCUGCCUUCACACAAGUACACAAGGAAAUAAAAUCAAGAGUAGGCCACUGAGCCCUUCAGCUCUGCCUCGCCAUUUGAUAUGAUCAUGGCUGGCCUACACUGGCCUCAGCUCCUUCAAGUAUUUAUAUAUCUCCGCCUUAAACCUAGCUAACCAUCCAGCCCUCCGCACGCUCGGGCAGAGAAUUCCAGAGAUUUACCACCUUUUGAGCACCUCAGUGUUAAAUGAGCAGCCCCUUAUUUAUUUCCUUGUUCACGACUCGUACUUAUAAAAACACCUUAGCAUCCAGCAUGUCAAGCUUGCUUAGGAUCACACAGAAAGAUGGAGGAGCAAGUCCCUGGUGCCAGCCAGAAGAGGAAGACUGGUACUAGAUUGGUUUAGUGCCCUGCAUUGGACUCAGCUGCCAGAUCCUUGACCCCCAGUGAGAAACCGGAGCUGCAGCAGCUAUCUGUGAAGUUUUUGAUCAUCCCCUAAGCAAGGGCCCUGAGAGGCUUACCCUAAAUACAGGUAAUGAACCCUCACCCCUCUCUAAGCUGAUUGGUUAACCUGACAGAACCCAACAUUGAGGCCUACAGGUCAGGCUUGGUUCAAGUCUCACCCUGGUCUGUGGUAGAAUUGUGAAGUGUUCAUAUGGGGAACUGACAGUAAAUUCCAUGCACCAUUCCCUCUGUCCACCAGGAAACAUAAAUUGGAGCUCUUGAUUCACAUCCUAGCCCUCAAUCACUCCCCCUAUCACAGAGCUCUCAGUAUGGUGAUGUUGGGUAACAAUCAAUGCUUGGAGGAACUCACAGGUCGAGCAGUAUCUGUGGGAGGAACAAAGCUGUUGGUGUUUCAGAUUGAAAGCCUGCAUCAAGAUGCUGCUGGACCUGCUGAGAUCCUGCAGCAGAUUGUUAGUCCAGAUUCCAGUGUCUGCAGGUUCCUGUAUCUCCCUGUUGAUACAAGAUGGCAUCUUUGCACAGGUGAAUGGGCUCUCAAUGGCUUUUGCAUGAAAGCAAAUAAUUGGAGUACCAAGUAUAAUUCAUAUAAAGAUAUCUUAAUGACCAUUCUGAAAAUGCAGACAUGUUUGGCAUUGCCAGCAUUUAUUGCCCAUCCCUAAUUGCCCUCCUGAGCUGUGGAGACAGUCAAGAGUCAAUUAUAGGGUCUGGAGUCACAUAUGGGCCAGGCUGGAUAAGGACCAGCAAAUUUCCUUUGCCAAAGGGCAUAAGAUUCAAAGAAAAUCUCUUAGUUUCAUGGCAACUAUUGCAAGUACUAGUUGUUUUUGAAUUCCACAUUUGUUUAAUUAACUAUAUUUAAAUUCCCUGGUGGACAGAGUGGGAUUUGAACUCAUAUCAAUAAUUCAAGCCAAGCAGUUUAACUACUAAGCAAGCAAAGCUGGAAGAAGCAUAGAGUCAUAGACCAGAGACAAAUGUCCUUCAGUCCACUAAGUCCAUGCCAACUAUCAAGCACCUAUCCGCACUCAAGCAACACACAAAACACUGGAAGAGCUCAGCAGAUCAGGCAUCAUCUGUAGAAGGAAAUGAACAGUCAAUGUCUUUGGUUAUAUUGGUUACAUGGAGCAGCCCCAUAUUCCGAAUUUACCACAGCACCACUCCCUGACUUUUUCUCCAUUUCUUGCACCCAUGUAGAGCUCGUCAAUUCUAACAAAUUUGCUGCAGAUAAAGGGUCUGAAGUUGAAACAUUAACUAUCUAUUUCCCCCCACAGAUGCUGCCUGAACUCCGGCACUUUUAUGUAUUGCUCUAGUUCCCAGCAUCCACAGUCCGUUUUGCCUCUUGUGUCCAUCUACACCCAUCCUAUUUACCAGGACAUGGUCCAUUGCCUUCUGGUCCUUGGAUGCUGCUAAUUCUUUGGUGGCGCAGCACUCUGCUGAAGAACAAGUCAGGGGUGGACAACAGACACUGCCCUUGCCCAUCCCGUCAGCAGGAAAACAAAUCCCAGGCAUCACGCGCAGUGAAAUAUGCAAGGGGAAGAUUAACGCUAUCCUUGAGUAAGAAGUACUGAGCCAAAUAGAACAGGGCCAAACAUAGCAGAAAGUACAUAGAGACCAAGGAAUGGUAACAGUGAGAGGUCAUACAGACGCCAGGCAUGUCACAGAAAACAUUGGUUAUCCUGGGGUACCAUUAGGGAGCAGUGCGAUUAUAAAUGCUCGUAGGCAUUCCUCCAAGAUCCUACAGAAAGGAGAUUAUUUCUGCAGAUGUGCUAACCAGAGACUCCUAUGUAUAUUUUGAAAGCUGCAAAGGACAUUGAAUACUCCCUGAAUUGAACUCCAGGGAGAGGGAAAGGUGGCUGGAACUGAAGACAAAUUCACCGAUGCUAGAUUACCCCUCAUUUGUUGGCUGAGUAAUCUUUCAAACUUCCUCACUUUGAAAAGAGCCGAUUUAUGGAGAGGGAAGUAAAGUGGCUCCUUAGUGAAAAUCUGGGUUCACAAUCCAAAGAACUAUGUGUGGAAUAAGAUUAGUUAUCUGGAAUUUACAAAAUAAAAUACUCAUUUUACCACUAAAUCAACAGAUUUUUGUAAAAUUCGUCUCUGCUUCACUAAUGUCUUUUGAGGGGAGGAAUCUGCCGUUCUUAGACGUACUGGCCUAUGUUUUUUUUUAAUUAGUUGAGAUACAGCAUGCAAUAGGUCCUUCCCGUCCUUUGAGCUUUGCCUCUCAGCAAUCCCCCAAUUUAAUCACAGGACAACGUACAAUGAUCUACCAACCUACCAGUAGGUGUUUGGAUUGUGGGAGGGAACAGGAGCCCCCCAGGGAAAACUCAGGCAGUCACGGGGAGAAUGUACAUACUCCUUACAGGGAGCAGUGGGAAUUGAACCCCGAGGGGUGGGGGUCGCUGGUACUAUAAAGCGUUUGUGCACUAUCGUGCCGCCCCAGUGACUCCAGACUGCUUUAUUAUUAUUAAGUUCUAGUUUAUUACUGUCACAGGCAUACAUACAAAUGUUAUCCGUUAUAAAUGUUAUAGAAAGUAAUUAUUUGUAGCAGCAGCUCAGUGCAUAAUAGGACAACAACAAAAGUAAGUUAACGUAAAGCUAAAUUAUUACCAUAUGUACUGAGAUAUAAAGUGAAAUGCUUUUGUUUGAGAGCCAUCAAGACGAAUUAUGCCAUACAUAAUUAUAUCGAAGAGGUACAAAAAAUAACAGUCUGCAGAUUAUAGUGUUACAGUUACAGAGAGGGUGCAGUGCAAGUGGACAACUAAAAUGCAAGGGCCAUGACGAGGUAGGAUGGGCAAUCAAGAGUUUGUCUUUUAGCAUAUGAGUCAGAAAACAGGGAAUUGAAGCUGUCCUGAAGUUAAUGUGACUGACUGAGGAGCCAAAGGCAAUGGAGAGAGAUGGAUAAUAUGGGCUGGCUUUGCCAGCGAAGCCCUAGAAAAUUAACCAAUGAAACAAUCAUAUCAGACAUUUCGCCUUAAGUGAUGAAUUUACCUCAUUACAGAGCCUUAAGAGCAAGAGAAGGCCAUCUUGCACUUUGAGCUUUGAAUGUACACAACAACUGAGCUCCAAGAGUAAAGAAUUCCAAAGAUUUACCACCUUCUGAGUGAAGUAAUUUAUCACAGUCCUAAAUGGCCUUCCCUAUACUCAGAAGUUCGACUCUCAACUAGGGAGACAUCCUCCCUGCACUUGGUGCAUGAAGCAUUCGAGCAUUUUGCUCUCCUUCAAAGUGAUCUCUCAUUUUUCUGAACCCCUGUCAAACAUGGGUUAUUAGUAACCGUCUGCUAUCCAUUUCUAGCACAGGUAUUAGGCAGAGAGAUCAAGGUGGGGGAGUGGUGAUUGCCAGUGAAAGACCAAGGCUUGAUUAGAGUAUGUGGUAUCAAGGCCGGGAAAGUUGGGAAGUCGAUUAUGUGGAGGAAAAACUGUGCUAAAAGCAGGUUGCAGGCAUUUGAUCAAAAGCACAUUUCAAGUAUUAUUGGUGAAAUGUCAAGCCAAGCCAUGUUAACAGGAUUAGAAGUUAGUAUUAGUAGUGAUGACCACAAAACCAACAAACUACUUAAUAACCUGACUAGUUGUGGAGAGCAAACCUACUAUUUUGACCCACUCUGUGCUGAAUAUCUACAGACCCAUUGACAUGCUUAGUAUUUAACAACCCUCUGCAAUGGCUUGGCAAGGUAUUCAAAUGAGGUUCCAACAAAACCUGUCAAAGCCUCACCACUGACAUCCUCGUCUCGCAUACAAUUUCAUAGCUCAGUUGGCCACUGUAAGUUUCCCCUAGUGGGUGGGUAAGUGAGAGAAUGUUGGGAGGGGGGGAGAUUAUCAGAAUGUUGGGAGAACAUAAGAAGAGCUUAGUGUAGGAUUAGUGUAAAUGAUGAUCGGCACAGACACGGUGGGUGAAAGGGACUGUUUCCAAGCUUUAUGUUCCUGUGUCUCAAAGUGUUAAAAUAUCCCAUAUCUUUGCAAGAGUAACAAAGAGUGAGUAUUAAAUGCCACACUCUCCAGCAAUGCCACCAUCCUGAGAGCAUACAACUUCUCAGCUGUAAAUCAGCAAAGGUGAGAAGACACUCUUUGGUUUUAUCACCAGUUGUUUCUCGAAAGGGCAAAUGGUGUAUGUGAGUGGUCACCCCAUCCUUAUCGUCAAUUUCAUUUGCUGAUUGUCAGCAGAACAUUGAGCUUUGUAGUUGUCUGUUUUGUGCCUAGUUCCUUUCUCAGUGGAACCAUGAGACUGUGGAGGUAUGUACUUGGUGUGCAUUCAGUACAGGGUUUAGGAUCAGGUACCUACUCCUGAUUAUCCUUUUACGCAAGAGAAAAAUCAGGGAUGAAGUGGGGCGGGUUGAAUCAGCCAGCACAAAGUGACUUUCCGCACUGGAACAGAGACAUAGCACGUUGGAAUAUUUUUAUUUAUUCACAUUUUUUGCAGCCUGAGCAAGGUCAGCAUUUAUUGCUGAACCAUAAUUGCCCUUGAGAAAGUGGUGGUGACCUUCACUGCAGUCUUUCUGGUGAAAAUGUGUUAUGAGAGAGUCCCAGGAUUGAGAUUCUGAUAGUGUAAAACAAAAAAAGUAUUUCCAAUUGGGAUUGGCAAGUGACUCAGAGGGUGGUGAUCUUCCUCUGUCUCCUGUCUUCCUUGGUGAUAGAAUUUCCUGCUCCAUCUUACCACCCUCCAACCAACCAUUGCUACCUGCCAAUCCUCUCCAACCUCAGUGCAGCUCCUGAGCCAUGGGUAGGGUGGGGGGAGAGGGGGAGCCUCAGUUCCCCAAAGCUCCAUCAUUCAGUUAAUGCUUCUGAUUUCUAGGGCUGAAAAUUGGCACUGUUGAGCUUUUCAAGGAUGCCUAACAUCCCUCUGAGGAAUAGGAUUUGCAUAUCUAUACCACCUUGGAGAUAUCCCAGUGGGUUUUGUGGCCAACUCAAGUGGAGUCAUGGCUGUGUUGCAAGGAAGUUGAUGGACAUCUGUGUGAAUUGUCUUUACCAGAGUACACACCACAAAUGUAAAGUAUCUUCACCAUCUCCCACUCUCCGGCCUACUGGAAGAAGCCUACUGGGGUAUCAUCAGAGAAUGAUCACUGCUGGGGGAUGAUCAGAGGAUGUGAGGCCUCUUUUCUCCUCAUUCUUCCUCUCAUCUCCAGUCCUCACCCCUGUUGCAACCUUUCUGGUUCACAAAGAGGAACAGUUUGCGGGUGCACAAGGCAGUGUGGUGGAGUUCUUGCAUUGCAUCUGCAAUGAUGCCUUCAAUAUUCCUACUUUUCUACAAACAUUACCGAAAAUAACUGAUAAGACUUAUUUUUUAAAGAAAAAAAAGAUUGUAUUUAAGAGUACAUCUUUCUUGUUUUGUUAAAUAUUGUCUAUUGACAUAAAUAUUUUGAGCUGUGUAUGUAACACAACGGGUAUUCCCAGUAAUAACUAUUAAAUAGAAAUGGUAACUAUAUCUUUAUACCUUUAGGUAAAUUCAAUUACUAGAAAUGCCACAGAUGUAUUAAACAUGCUGUACAGUACUAAAAGCUGGCCUCUGUGUAAUAUUUUGUGCUUUUUUAAAAAAAAUAAAGAUAAAUAAAUAUUUCUUC